AGGCGCAGCCGCGCGACGCCCAGCUCAGCGGCCGCCACCGCAGCGCGUCGCCCUCUCCGGCCGCCACAGGCCGGGUCCGCCGUCCCCCCGCCAUGUCGCGUUACUGCAGGCGCAAGUACCAGAGGGGGGACCUGGUGUUUGCCAAGCUGAAAGGCUACGCCCACUGGCCGGCCCGGAUAGAGCAAGUGGCCGCGCCCAAUCGCUACCAAGUGUUUUUUUUCGGGACCCACGAGACGGCCUUCCUGGGCCCCCAACGCCUCUUCCCGUACGAGGAGGCCAAGGAGAAGUUCGGCAAGCCCAACAAGAGGAGGGGGUUCAGCGCGGGGCUGUGGGAGAUCGAGAACAACCCUACCGUCCAGGCUGCUGGCUGCCCACAGGCCCAGGAGCAGAGCUGCGUGGAAGGGCCCCAGCCCAAGGCGGAGGCCGCCAAGGGCGACGGGGACCAGAAGAGCAACGCCGACGGCGGCGGUGACGAGCAGGGGGAGCCGGGCCUCGACCAGACGGCCAAGGAGGAGGGCGAGAAGGGGCCGCUGAAGAGGAGCGCCGGGGACCUGCACGAGGCCACCUCCAAACGUCCCAAGGAGGCCGACCCGGAAGGGGAGGAGGAGGAGGAGGCCGCCCGGGAGGAUGCCAGGCCGCCGCGCCUGGAGGUGGGGGACGCCGGCGCCGCGUCCCAGCCGGGCCCCGCCGCAGGGCCGCCCCAGGAGGAGGAGGAGCCCGAGGAAGAGGCUGCCGAGAAAGAGCUCAAGCCCCCAGGAGCGGGAGACCGCGAGAGCCAGUAG